AUGGCGAAGUUCUCACUGAAGCCAAAGCGGACCAACCUGUACUUUUUAACGCUGACCACAGUGCUCUGCACACUCUUCUACCUAAUUGGCGUCUGGCAGCACUCCGCCGGAACCACCUCCUCCGCCGCCACCACCUCCGUCACCUCCGCCAUCUCCUGCCCCCACCUCCUCCCCAACAUCACAACCCACCUCGACUUCGCCGCCCACCACCGCGCCGAGGACCUCCCCCUCCCUCCCACGACGGCGCGUGUCUCCCACGUGCCGCCCUGCGACGCCAGGCUCGCCGAGUACACCCCCUGCGAGGACGCCACCCGGUCCCUCAAGUUCGAGCGGGACCGGCUGGUUUACCGGGAGAGGCAUUGCCCGGAGAAGAACGAGCUCCUCAAGUGCCGGAUUCCGGCGCCGCACGGGUACCAAGUGCCGUUCCGGUGGCCGGAGAGCCGGGGGUCGGUGUGGUACGCCAACGUGCCGCAUAAGGAGUUGACCGUGGAGAAGAAGAAUCAGAAUUGGGUUCACUACGAGGGUGACCGGUUUCGAUUCCCUGGGGGAGGGACCAUGUUCCCUAAUGGUGCGGACGCCUAUAUUGACGAUAUUGGUAGGUUGAUUAAUCUCAGAGACGGGUCUAUCAGGACCGCCAUCGAUACCGGUUGUGGGGUUGCAAGUUGGGGUGGUUACCUUUUGUCUAGAGACAUUUUAACAGUGUCAUUUGCACCAAGAGACACUCAUGAAGCACAAGUUCAGUUUGCUCUUGAAAGAGGAAUUCCUGCAGUGAUUGGGGUAAUGGCUUCUAUUAGACUUCCCUAUCCCUCAAGAGCUUUCGACAUGGCUCACUGCUCUCGUUGCCUCAUUCCUUGGGGAGAAUACGAUGGCCUGUACUUGAUUGAGGUUGAUCGUGUUUUACGACCCGGUGGUUAUUGGAUUCUUUCCGGCCCACCAAUCAACUGGCAGAAGCACUGGAAAGGUUGGGAAAGAACUCAGGCAGACCUCAAAGCUGAGCAGGACAAGAUCGAGAGAGUAGCAAAAAGCUUAUGCUGGAAAAAAUUGAAGCAGAAGGAUGACCUUGCCAUUUGGCAGAAACCCACUAACCAUAUCCACUGUAAAGCCAAUAGAAAGGUCUUCAAGAAACCAUCCUUUUGCCAAGUUCAAAAUCCAGACACCGCAUGGUAUACUAAACUUGAGGAGUGUUUGACUCCACUGCCUGGAGUGAACAACUUAAGAGAUACUGCAGGUGGGGAAUUGGCUAAAUGGCCAGCGAGGCUGACUACAGUUCCUCCAAGAAUUAGUAGUGGAAGUUUGGAAGGAAUCACAGAUGAGAUGUUCAGAGAAAACACGGCGCUGUGGAAACAGAGAGUUGCACAUUAUAAGACCUUGGACUAUCAGUUGGCAGACCCUGGGAGGUACCGGAAUUUGCUUGACAUGAACUCGUACUUGGGAAGCUUUGCAGCUGCACUGGUCGAUGAUCCUGUGUGGGUUAUGAACAUUGUCCCGGUUGAGGCUGAGGUCAACACCCUUGGAGCUAUCUAUGAACGUGGAUUGAUCGGAACUUAUCAGAACUGGUGUGAGGCCAUGUCUACUUAUCCAAGAACCUAUGACUUCAUCCACUCUGAUUCAGUUUUCACUCUUUACAAGGACAGAUGUGAAAUGGUAGACAUUCUUCUAGAAAUGGAUAGGAUCUUAAGGCCACAAGGCAGCAUAAUUUUCAGGGAUGAUGUGGAUAUGGUUGUGAAGGCCAAGGGGCUCUUGGAUGCGAUGCAAUAUGACGCCAGAAUAGUAGACCAUGAAGAGGGUCCUCAUCAUAGAGAAAAGAUCUUGUUGGCGGCUAAGCAGUACUGGACAGCACCAGAACCAAACCAAAAUGAAGGAGAAAGCAGUAAAGAAUCAUAGAGCUUUCUCUUCUUCCUUACUUUGAUUGUUACAUUUUUCUGUCCAUAAUAUGACUAUCAAAUUAUUCUUUUCCGGCACCCAUUUCUGUGGUGCGAUAGAUACUUGGGACUGAAAUCUGCAUACCGAUGAAAAGUAAAGGUUUUCGGCGAAGGAUACUCUUUUGGACUAUCUUAAUGUCAAAUAAAAUUUCAUACAAGAAUGACUAUAUACU